UGCGGAUUAGCCCCCCUCUCUCACUCCCACACUUCUUUUGUGUUACGAGCGCACGCUUGCUCUACCAGAGGCUUCUUCUUCUCCUUCCUCCUGUUCAUGGAGCUUCGGAGGCGCCAAGAUCAAGGCUUCUCUGAGAGGAAAGGACAGAAGCGGAAGCUGGAGGAGGAAUUGGAAGUGGAGUCUGAGAUCUCGGCUCCCGCGCCCACCGGCGACGUCGGUAAGGCGUUGCUCGCCGAGGUAAAGGCGCAGGUUGACGUCCUUGACUCCACUUUCUCAUGGAGAGAAUCCGAUCGAGCCGCAGCUAAGCGCGCCACUCACGUCCUCGCUGAGCUUGCCAAGAAUGAAGAAGUAGUGAACGUGAUUGUUGAAGGAGGCGCAAUUCCGGCUUUGGUUAAUCAUCUUCAAGCACCUCCUUCGAGUGAAAACGAUUCUGGCCAGAAGCCGUUUGAGCACGAGGUUGAGAAAGGGAGUGCUUUUGCUCUGGGACUUCUUGCCGUCAAGCCAGAACAUCAACAACUUAUUGUUGACAAUGGUGCAUUGAAACAUCUUGUUGAUCUGCUAAAGAGGCAUAAUAAUAGCUCUACUUCUCGUGCUGUGAAUAGUGUCAUUCGUAGGGCUGCAGAUGCGAUCACUAAUCUUGCUCAUGAAAAUAGUAACAUCAAAACUUGUGUCAGGAUGGAAGGUGGGAUUCCACCACUUGUUGAGUUGCUUGAAUUCAAUGAUGCAAAGGUUCAGAGAGCAGCUGCUGGUGCGCUGCGUACCCUAGCUUUUAAAAACGAUGAAAAUAAAAAUCAGAUUGUCAAAUGCAAUGCUCUUCCAAAUCUGAUUCUAAUGCUACGUUCUGAAGAUCCUGCUAUUCAUUAUGAAGCGGUUGGUGUGAUUGGAAAUCUAGUACACUCUUCUCCUAAUAUAAAGAAACAAGUUAUUCUAGCUGGAGCUUUACAACCUGUAAUUGGAUUACUUCGAUCUUGCUGCUCUGAGAGCCAAAGGGAAGCAGCAUUGUUACUUGGACAGUUUGCAGCUACUGAUUCUGACUGCAAGGUUCAUAUUGUACAGAGAGGUGCUGUUCCACCUCUUAUAGAGAUGCUUCAGUCCCAUGAUGUACAUCUCAAAGAAAUGUCUGCCUUUGCAUUGGGCCGACUGGCACAGGACAUGCAUAACCAAGCUGGUAUUGCACACAAUGGUGGCUUAUUGCCAUUACUCAAGCUUCUUGAUUCAAAAAAUGGGUCUUUGCAACAUAAUGCCGCUUUUGCACUUUAUGGCCUUGCAGAUAAUGAGGAUAACGUGUCCGAUUUUAUUAGGGUAGGUGGUGUUCAGAGACUGCAGGAUGGAGAGUUUAUUGUUCAGGCAACAAAAGAUUGUGUUGCAAAGACUUUGAAAAGAUUAGAGGAGAAGAUUCGUGGCUGUGUCCUCAAUCAUUUGUUAUAUCUUAUGCGCAUUUCAGAAAAGGCUGUCCAACGUCGAGUUGCUUUGGCUCUUGCUCAUCUUUGUUCUGCGGAUGAUCAGAGAUUAAUAUUCAUCGAUAACAAUGGUUUGGAGUUGCUUCUUGGGCUUCUUGGCUCUUCUAGCACAAAGCAGCAACUUGAUGGUGCUGUAGCUUUGUGCAAAUUGUCGAAGAAAGCCUUGACACUGUCUCCCAUAGAUGCAGCUCCCCCAUCUCCAACACCUCAGGUCUAUUUAGGAGAGCAGUAUGUCAACAACGCUACAUUGUCUGAUGUUACAUUUUUGGUUGAAGGGAAGCGGUUUUAUGCUCACAGAAUCUGCCUACUUGCGUCUUCAGAUGCAUUUCGUGCAAUGUUUGAUGGUGGUUAUAGGGAGAAGGAUGCGAGAGAUAUAGGAAUUCCAAAUAUAAGAUGGGAUGUUUUUGAACUAAUGAUGAGAUUCAUCUAUACUGGAUCAGUUGAUGUUACUCUGGACAUUGCUCAAGAUCUCCUUCGAGCCGCUGAUCAAUAUCUCCUAGAAGGACUUAAGAGACUCUGUGAGUACGCAAUUGCGCAGGACAUAUCACUUGAGACUGUGUCAAGUAUGUACGACCUUUCAGAAGCCUUUAAUGCAAUAUCAUUGAGGCACUCUUGCAUUGUUUACAUCCUGGAGCAGUAUGAUAAACUGUGUACAAAACCUGGGCACUCUCAGCUGAUCCAACGCAUUAUGCCAGAGAUACACAACUACUUCGCAAAAGCGCUCACGAAGGCUAACUCUGCUAUCGAUCGGUCGUAGCAUGCCAACCAUUUUGUUGUUGACCUCUAACUGAUGAUUGUGGUGUACAGAAUGCUGUAGGUGUUCUUCCUGUUAUCUUUUGUUGAGAUAGGGAAAAAGGGGUGUCUCCUUUAUUGAAUACUGCAUGGCUGAAGGAAAUAAGUCAGACCAGUCAUGUGUGUUCCUCUCUGAUGCAGCGUAAGUCCAUUUAAUUGUUUGUAUCGUCAUUGUCAUAAGUAGAUAUAACAUAAGCCAAUAUGACCUUCACCAACAUUGCUUUUUUCUCCUGCAAUAUUGUGAUGGUUAUAUGCAACUCUCUCUCUCUCUCUCGAUUUUGCAUUCAGGAAUUACGAUUCAUUGUGUUGGUGAUGAUAGGUUAAUGUUUCUCGUAGAGUACGUAUAAUGUACAUGUGUGUAUCACAAUUAUUCUGCAAGAAAUUAUGCUGUUAGGCUUAAGCCUUUGAAUUUGGUCUUCUGAUA